AUGGAAGCACGGGGGGGCUCGGAUGCCAAAGUCAGCGCGUCUGUUAAGGAACUUGUAGCUGUGUUGGAACCGGAGGUCGAUACCCCAGGCUUGACCCAGCUUCUCAUCUGCGUUCUCGGUAUCUACGCCGCAUUCCUCUCUUGGGGCGUCUUGCAAGAGGCGAUCACCACCACCUCCUACCCCAUUCACGCCGCAACCGCCGCCGAACCAGAACCCCCUACUGAGCGAUUCACCUACUCCCUGGUGUUGAACACUGUCCAGUCCUCGUUCGCUGCCAUCACGGGCUUCAUCUACCUCUUCUUCUCUACGCCAAAAGGCCAGAAAACACCCUCCCCCUUCCCGACCCGCCGCAUUCUCUUCCCCCUGCUCCUCGUCAGCAUUUCCUCGUCCCUCGCAUCUCCAUUCGGCUAUGCCAGUCUUGCUCAUAUCGACUACCUCACCUUCAUUCUCGCGAAGUCUUGCAAGCUCCUACCUGUAAUGCUUCUCCACCUGACAAUCUUCCGCAAGAAAUACCCGCUGUAUAAGUACGGUGUCGUUCUUCUCGUGACGCUGGGCGUGGCAACCUUCACCCUGCACCACCCAGGCACGAGCAAGAAAGUCGCCGCCUCAGCCUCGAAGCAGUCCGGUUCCUCGGCGUGGGGCAUUUUCUUGCUGUCCAUUAAUCUACUCCUCGACGGUCUGACGAACACAACGCAAGACCAUGUCUUUUCCUCUCCGAAGCUGUACACCCGCUUCACGGGACCCCAGAUGAUGGUUGCGCAGAACGUGCUCUCCACCGUCUUGACGGCUGCAUACCUUCUCAUAAUGCCGCAUCUCUCGCAGGGCGGUAUCCUGCACAAUAUACUCCCAAUCCCGAUCCCACCCUCCACCGAGACGGAGCUGUACUCUUCAAUCUCUUUCCUCGCGCGCCACCCCGAAGCCUUGAAGCAUGUUCUUGGAUUCGCUGCGUGUGGAGCUGUCGGCCAGCUCUUUAUCUUCUACACACUGUCGCGCUUUUCGUCUCUUCUUUUGGUAACGGUGACUGUUACGCGUAAGAUGUUGACGAUGCUUCUGAGUGUCUUCUGGUUCGGCCAUGCUUUGUCCGCUGGUCAGUGGCUGGGUAUUGGUCUGGUGUUCGGUGGCAUCGGGGCUGAGGCUGUUGUCCAGAAACAGGAGAAAAAGGCGAAGGAACUGGCUAAGAAGGAGGCGGCUAAGAAACAGCAGUAG